AUGAGAAAAAACUAAACCACAAUAAAAACCAGACCUACAAGAGCCAUCUCUUAAGUAGUUAUACAAUCAUUCUUUUAGGCCAAAGAUCCAAAAGAAUCUUAAUUUCCCAUCAUUGAAUAAAAACCAACUAAACCAUCUUCUGUCAUGAGAAGUUCAAAAAAAUCAUUAGACUUUAAUCGUCUAAUUAAAAAUCCAAAAUUAAAUGAUAGUAAGCUAGAAGAGGCUUUAGAAGCAGAUUUGGGUUUCAAAAGAAUGGAAAUUAAGGAGGCCAAACUUUAAAAGAGUUCCCCUUAAAAACCAAAUUUACAAUUAGCAUCAGAAACAUCUUAAGCAGAAGGUGAAUAAAGAGCUUCUACUCCACCUAGAAAAAAUCGAAAAGAAGGACUAGAGUUUAAUGUCAGAUCUGAAUGUAAUAAGAUAAUUUAUAAUAAGCUUUCGCAACAUUGGAACCUAUGCAUCAUGCUGAAGAAACUUUAGCAGAAAAUCUAAGAAUUUUCAUUAAAAUAUAUGAUAUCAUGAAUUAGCUUUUAAAUUCAAUGAAAAAAGUAAGAGUUUGAAACUAAUAAAGUAAGAAUACUACUCUAGAACUAAUAAAUUAAAUCAAUUAAUACAUGGAAUUGACUGAAAAUAAUGAAUUUCAAUAUUUAGAAGAAUUGUUUCAAGAACAUGUCAAGCAGAUUAGAUAAAUAUUUUUAAUUUUAAGAGUUGGAGUAAUUCUAUUUAUAUUUUAGAUUGUUGUUUUAGUGAAUUGUUUUUUUGAUCUCCAUUUCUAUUUAAGUAGUAUUAGUAAUAUUAAGAAUAUAUUACUUUACAAUAUCUAAAAUUUAAGUCAUCUCUCUGAUAUUUUAUUAGAAAAACUAAAAGAGAAACCUGAAUACCCUCUAUAUUUAUAGUUGUAUUCUUAAUUAUAAUUCAAUAUAAAUAAGAAAAACAAUAUUUCUAAAAAACAUGAAUAUUGGACUUACAUCAAAUAGAACAUAGAAUUAUUACAAAAUCUUUAUAAAUCCUUAACCAAAAGUUAGAGGGAUCUAUAUUAAUUUUUAAUUAUAUUCCUAAGAAGUCUUUAAAAUUAUACAAUAAAGGAAUCAUUACGAAAUCUAUAAGAAUUUAUUUCAUUUUACUUCACAAUCUAAUAAAGUUACUAGGGAUUAUUAGGAAUACCAUUAAUUUGUGUAGCUCCCUCACCUUAUCUACCUUAUACAAAUCCAAAAACAUAUACUUUGGUUUUAGAUAUGGAUGAAACCUUAAUACAUUUUACUGAUUAGACAGGACACUUCUUAAUUCGUCCUUUUACUCAUCAAUUCUUACAAGAGAUGAGUUAAUUUUAUGAAUUAGUAGUAUUUACUGCUGGUUUACCUGAUUAUGCUAAUUGGGUUUUAGAUCAGGUUGAUAAAAACAAAAAUAUAACAUAUCGAUUAUUUAGAUAACAUGCUUUGCAAUAUUCAAAUUAAUUUAUUAAAGAUCUCUCAAGAUUAGGAAGAGAUCUUUCAAAAUGUAUAAUUGUUGAUAAUGUUCCUGACAAUUUUCAAAAUUAACCAGAAAAUGGAAUAUUUAUAAAAACAUGGUACAGUGAUUAAAAUGAUACUGCUUUAGCUGAAUUAGGUCCUAUAUUGAAAUCAAUUGUUAUGAAAAAAGCAGAAGAUGUACGUUUAGCGUUAAAGGAAGUAAGAAAAAUGUUGACUUAAAGUAUUUAACUACCUCCAUUAUAGGGGUGAUAUAUUUGUAAAUACAAUUUUGAUUUAUAUUUAUAAUUUUAUUUAACAGACACAUGCAAUAAUCAGAUUAAGUGGAAGUAGAAUAUCGAAUUGAAAUGCUAACAAGUGAAUUAGAGAGAUCUUCUUAGACUUUAUAAUAGAAGAGCAUAGAAUGUGAAGAAUGGAGACUAAAGAGUUUAGGAUUAGAAUAGAAGAUAAAAGAAUUACAAGCUCAUAUUGGAUCUUAAAAUCAAUAAUUUGAAGAUCUAACAGAAAAUUUAAAAUAAAAAGCAAUUGAAGUAGAAGAUUUGAGAAGUAAAUACAAUAGAGUUCAAUUUAUAACAAUAAAGGGAUAUGAAGAAAAAAUGGAAUAAUUGGUAGGUGAAAUAGAAAAAUUGAAUUAACUUUUAAUGUAGAAAGCAUAGGAUUGUGAAAGUAGUAGAUAAUAAGUGAUGACUAAGAUUUAAGAAUUAUAAGAGGAAAGAUAGAAAUGUUUUCAUUUGGAUAGUUUUAUUAAAUAGAUAAAAUCUGAAAAGUUGGAAGCACUUCACUUUUUAAAUGAAAAGAAUAAAGAAUUAGAAGAAUUGAAGGAACGUUUUAGAGAAGCAGAUCAAUAUCGAUAAAAGAGUGAAAUUUUAGAAAGUGAUAUUGAAACUAUUAGAGUUAAUUAUAUGAACAUAUUUAAUUAAAAAUUAGAAGAAAUUGAUGCAUUAUAGGCUCAAAUUGAUACAUAACGAUUAAUUAAUGAAAAUACAAUUAGGAUUGCAGAAGAAAAAUAUGCUUAACAAAUUUAAGUGGAAAGAUUAAAUAUAUAGAGAUAAAUAAAAGAAUCUGUAGCUACAUCAAUUGUAUAGAUGGAGAAUUAAGUGGCUACUCUUAAUAAUCUAUUAGAAGCUAAAUAAAAUGAAAUAGAUAAAUUGAAAUUAUAAAGACAUAAUAUAGAAACAGAGAAAAUGAAUUCAAUGCUUAUUGAUAAGAAUAUUAAGUUGUAAGAUUAAUAGAUUAAAUUACAAUAAUUAGAAAGAUAACUCUACGAGAAGGCAAAUACAUUGGAUUAAUUAACAUAAUAAAUUUAAAAUGGUUAAUUGAUUCCAGCAACUUCUUAGAGUUUAUUAGAGAGAUCAUAUAAAUAAUUAUAAGAUGAUAUGCAUAAAUAAAAUAUAGAAUUAACUAUGUUAUAGUAAAGAUGUUUGGAAUUAUAAGAAGAUGUGUAAAAAAAGGCAAAUAUGAAAGCUAGUUAUGAGGGCUAGAUUAAUACUUUAUUGAUUGAAAUAGCUAAUUUGAAGAGGGAUGUAUAUAAUAAAUCAAGAAUUAAUUCUUAACAUAGUGAUAAUUAGAGAUUGAUUUAAAUUGAAAAUGAGAAAAGAGUAAUUAAAUAAAAAUAUGAACAAGAUUUAAAAAUAGCAGAAGAUAAAAUUAGAUAUUUGUUAAGUAUUGUUGAUUAGAGAGUCUUAGAGUAACAAUUAUAGUACAGAGGAAAUCUAAAUCCAAAUCCUGUAUUAUAGUAAAUCAUAGAAGAAAGUUCAAGUAGAAUUGCUUAGAGUAACAUUUACUAUCAUGAAGAUUCAGAUGUCUUAAAUGAUGAAGUUCGUUGA